AUCAUGUUUUUCUCCAAUGAACUGUUUGAGGAUGCCGGCGUGGAGGGGAAAGCUGCAAGGUACGCUACCUCUGGUACAGGCGCUGUGUUCUUCCUGGGGAACAUCAUCGCCUCCUUCCUGAUGCCUCACUUUGGCCGCAAGACGCUCUUCCAGAUGGGAACCUUUGGCAUGGGAGUCUGCUCCGCUGUGCUGGCGCUCACUAUGGUCUUCAAGGACGAGGUGGACGCCCUCAAAUAUGUCAACGUUGUCGUCUCUCUCAUGAUCAUUGCUUUCUACGCCUUGGGACCGAGUAAGUAGCCUUCUGUUACAAUU